UUGUGAAUCAUAGAACAGAACAAAGGCAAACGUUAAAUAUUCCCGGCUAUAUUUUUUAUCUGUUGUUUCGAAUCGUCAUAAUUGAUUGGAACUGGCAAUGGACUCGCAAAAUAUGGAUGAUAUUUCGGUCACAGACAUUGAGCCUAUCUUGACAUCUUCUGGAAAUGAAUUUAAGAAAUUGAAAACAAUUCCGGCAAGUUGCAUCCACCUUUUAAUUGCAAUAAUUUUCCUACUUGUGGCCAUAGUCUUAGUGUUUAUAUGGCCGGAAGAGAAAAAUGCCCAGGCUUGUUUUAUUUUGACAACCUGUCGAGGGGUCUUAUGGAUAAUAACCCUUCUCUUUAAUUCCUUUUUACAAAGACAUCACAAUAAUUUAAGAAUGAAUGGGUUUCACGAUUUUCAUCGUACCAUGGUGAAGCACAAUGGGAAAGCUUUUUGUGUGGUAUCUGGUUUCAAUACGAUUUUGUUGGUUAACCUUUCGAUUAUUUUUCAUAAUUAUGGUAAUCUUGUAUGGAAUUCAUGGUUUACCCCAGUUACAUCCAUAGUGGCUGUUUUGCUUUUGGAACUUUUUAUUUUGAUAACAACGCAUGGACUCUACAUAGUUCAAGUUUAUAAUUUUAACAAGAGCGCCAGCAGUCCUGAUGCUUUACUGGGAUCCAAUAUGCCUGCAGGCUCUUUGGGUUUAAUGCAACCGGAUGGCAAUGUGGCAGAGCUUUUAGAAAAACAGGCUGAUUUAAUAGCUUACCUUAAGGAUCACAAUCAGAAAUUGAAUCAAAAACUGCAUUCAAUGCAAUUGACUACACGAGCUUCUAGCUAUAACCGUUGAUAAAAAUAAAAUCCAUGACACAAUGGCCAAAAGGGUUUAUUCUUUAUUAAAUUUUAUCAAUUAAAAAAAAAGUUAAUUUA